GUAAUGCGCGUAACUAAAUCCUCCAGGCCUCACCGCUGUACGCUCUGUAGAACAGAAGAGUGCUCAGUUGGUUCCUUAUAUCUUAAUACAGGCGCCUACGAACUUCCAGCAUAUUAGAUACCAUAGUGAGAAGAAGUCUAGUGCAGUUAUCUGUAACGUCUUACGCCUUACGUCUUACGUACGUCGCUCUGUGACAUCACAACCAUGCCGGCUGGAGACGUCGAGCUCGUGACGGUAACUCGCCACAGCACAAACUCCCCUUGGGGGUUCAAUCUAGGGGGUGGCCGGGAUCACGACACCCCAAUGUUUAUCUUGAAGUGUUUCCCGGGCAGUCCGGCGUUCAAGGCGGGAUUAAGAGACGGGGACGGCGUUCUGCAGUUGAACAGAAUCCCCACGGCUAACCUGACGCUGUCUGCGGCCAAGGCGGAGGUGGCUCGCACUGGGACCACCAUUGAUAUCGCAGUGCAGAGGGAAAUGAUCGACCCCAGGGCCACGGGUCUCUCCUCGGACGAGAGGGUCGAGAUCGUAGAAGAACCCUGCGCCAAGUUUGGCGAGGGGCCGGACCCGACUCUCGCCAAGGUGACGCCAAAGACGUACAAGAUUAUUGAGGACACGGAGAAACAAGCUGCCGGCCCAGCACCAUCUGUGUUUGCCAAAAGGAAAGCAGAUCGGUCCAAGUACACUCAAUGCAAAGGUACCACCAUUCAGAAGGCAUACGGAGAGUCAUAAUAUAAUGACUAGACAGAAAAAAAAAAAAACGACGAGAAACACUUAACAGCAAAAGAUGAAAAAAAAACACUAUGAAGACAUAAACGAUUGAAAAUAGACCAAGCGUUGAAAAAUUCACAGUUUUACUAUCAUGUUGAGGAUUUUAUUGGUGAACUUCAAUACUCAAGGACGCCAUCUUGAUGUGAUAUACUGGUACUGUACUUGUAGUUUGACCUAUCGUCUGCUCUUGCUCUGUGUAGGCUUCAGCAAACUACAGGGACUUCUAUCUUCCGUAUGACGUCAUAUGAUGUAUGACGUAAGCUGCCCAAUCCUGAGGUCACAAGAGAUAGCGGAAGAUCUGCAGCUUGGUUCAUCAAAGCUUGUCGCACUACUAUUUGGGAAGGGUGCU